CAAGGGGGCCCACCGGGCGAACCCGGAUCCGAGGUUGCUCUUCGCGCUUGAGGAUCAGUCUUGGACCUGCAAAGUGCGACGCACACAUCCACAUAAUCCAAGGACCAUGGACGCUGAUGAGGGUCAAGACAUGUCCCAAGUUUCAGGGAAGGAGAGCCCGCCGGUGAGUGACACCCCGGAUGACAGCGACGAACCCAUGCCUGUCCCCGAAGACCUCUCCACCACGUCUGGGGGCCAGCAGAGCUCCAAGAGCGAGCGCGGACUGGCCGGUAAUGUUAAAGUAGAGACUCAGAGUGAUGAAGAGAAUGGGCGUGCCUGUGAAGUGAAUGGGGAAGAGUGUGCGGAGGACUUGCGGAUGCUCGAUGCCUCCGGAGAGAAAAUGAAUGGCUCGCACAGUGUCCAAGGCAGCAAAGCCUUGUCAGGAGCUGGAGGCAUUCGACUCCCUAACGGCAAACUAAAGUGUGAUGUCUGUGGGAUCAUUUGCAUCGGCCCCAAUGUACUCAUGGUCCACAAGAGAAGCCACACUGGAGAGCGACCAUUCCAGUGCAACCAGUGCGGGGCCUCGUUCACGCAGAAAGGCAACUUGCUCCGGCACAUCAAGCUGCACUCGGGGGAGAAGCCCUUCAAGUGCCACCUCUGCAACUACGCGUGUCGCCGGCGGGACGCCCUCACCGGCCACCUGAGGACGCACUCCGUUGGUAAGCCUCACAAAUGUGGAUAUUGUGGCCGAAGCUAUAAACAGCGGAGCUCUUUGGAGGAACACAAAGAGCGCUGCCACAACUACUUGCAAAGCAUGGGCCUCCCAGGCGCGCUCUACCCAGUCAUUAAAGAAGAAACUAAUCACAGUGAAAUGGCAGAAGAUCUGUGCAAGAUGGGAUCGGAGCGCUCCCUCGUGCUGGAAAGAAUAUCUAACGUCGCCAAACGUAAGAGCUCUAUGCCUCAGAAAUUUGUUGGGGACAAGUGCCUGCCGGAACUGCCCUACGACGGCAGUGCCAGCUACGAGAAGGAGAACGAGAUGAUGCAGACACAUGUGAUAGACCAGGCCAUCAACAACGCCAUCAGCUACCUGGGGGCUGAGUCCCUGCGCCCCCUGGUGCAGACACCCCCCGGCAGCUCCGACGUGGUCCCGGUGCUCAGCCCCAUGUACCAGCUCCACAAGCCGCACGCCGAGGGCCCCGCGCGCUCCAGCCACUCAGCCCAGGACGGCGCUGUGGAGAACCUGCUGCUGCUCUCCAAGGCCAAGUCCGCGUCCUCGGAGCGAGAGGCGUCCCCGAGCAACAGCUGCCAAGACUCCACGGACACGGAGAGCAACGCGGAGGAGCAGCGGGGCGGCCUCAUCUACCUGACCAACCACGUCGCCCCCCACGCGCGCAAUGGCCUGUCCAUCAAGGAGGAGCACGCGGCCUACGACGUGCUGCGCGCGGCCUCCGAGGGGCCCCCGGACGCGCUGCGCGUGAUCGGCACGAGCGGGGAAGCCCUCAAGGUGUACAGGUGUGAACACUGCCGCGUGCUCUUCCUGGACCACGUCAUGUACACCAUCCACAUGGGCUGCCACGGCUUCCGAGACCCCUUCGAGUGCAACAUGUGCGGCUACCACAGCCAGGACCGCUACGAGUUCUCGUCCCACAUCACGCGCGGGGAGCACCGCUUCCACAUGAGCUAAAGCCGGACUGCGCGAGCCCGCAGGAAGAGCAUCCGCGCCCUGCACGCGCCCCUGGGCGGGCAGCCGGGGCUGGACUGGACCGCUGUGCUUUGUCCUCUAGGUGGUACUUCGUUUUGUUCUGAGUUGGUUGAUUUGCUUUUGAGAACAGGACGUUUUUCUUGUUAGAUGCGGGGUUCCAUUUGGAGCCCUCGGAGUGCUCUCUUACUAGACGAUUCUGUAGACCGCAGGCUGAAAUCCCCUCCCCUGUUGCUUCCUAGAAAUCGCCGGCCUCCAAGUGAUAGGUCAUGUUCAGAGAGAAUUGUAUAGAAACAAGCGGAAGCCCGGGAAGGAAUGAGUUGGUUCCAUGCUGAGCGUGGUUUCGCGCACCAGAUGGGGUUUGCAGGGUCCCGGGAACCGGGCGCACAGCCCCUGCGCUGUGGCCGUGACCGUGACCCUGGGCUGAAAUGCCCUCAUUGCAGCGCCAGAAACUGUGUGCAUCCAGCACCGACAGGCCACAGGUUCCAAAGGAAGAUAUUAUUCUAAGUCAAAUUCUGCACACUGCUGGGGAAAAUGACUGUUGGGCAGAGGGAGGGGAGGGCUUGGAGAGCCUUUUGGAUUCAUUCUCCUUUCCCAAACUUUGUCAUGACAUUGCCCAGCCCAUAAGCCUCCAGAGGACUGGCCUGUUGUCCCAUGGAAUGAACUCUAUUUCCGUGGGGCACCUGGCCCAUUGUCCUCUGCUCUGUCAUCUCCUAAGGGCCCCCAGAGUCUAUCACUACAUUGUUAACACCGGCCCUGAAAUUUAGACCUUAGUUCCUUUUGAAACGCUCAGAUGAUAAAACCCCUCAGAAACCAAACCUUUAUUCUGAAUUCCACACUCACGUCUGGUUCUGUCCUCCUUCCUGCCGGGUUCUGCCUGUGACCAGAAGCCUGUUUCUUGCAGAAAGUCUGUCCUGAACUUCAUUUAAUGUUGUGUUUGUAGCUCCAAGCAUGGGUUUCUUGUUGUGGGUGCAUUUCUUUCCCUGCCUUCUGUGUAUAGUGUUCCCAUUUUAGUAUAUGUGCUGCCGAAGUGAGCACUAGUGUUCCCAUUUUAAUACCCACUGAAGGAUUCAGAAUGACCAUUUUCAGGUCAAGGGAAUGUGGCAGGUGGAGCCCAGAAGCUACUGCUUACACACAGCACCUGUUUGUUUGAAACCACACUUUCCAGCCACCUGACACUCUCUCCUCUAAGGACAGAGCUGCACCCUUGCGUCCACCUAGGCAGGAUGCACCUUUCUGACUGGGGGAGUGUUCAGGAUCAUCUCGUGACCACAACUCCAGGUCCAGCUGGACAGAGGGAGGUGGCCCGGGGGGUGAGACCCGCUAGUGCCCUCAAAGGCCCACAAAGAUGCCCACGGGUUCCGGUCCUAACCUGGAAAGCAAUAGGAGAGGUUCAUGCUGUCAUUAAGGACAUUCAUCUCAACCACCUAGCAGGAAGGGCAUACAGUUGCAAAUGUCUCCAGUAUUUUUCAUCACCAAAAAUGUCCAAGCUGACCAUAAGGAAACAGCAAAAAUUAUGCACAGGCAUCUCUGCUUUUCAGCUAACUCGAGAGAUCCUGGGCUCAGCACUCUUGACAUUUGGGGCUGGAUACUGUGUUGCAGGGGAUUUCCCCAGGCAUUAGAGGCUGUUUAACAGCAUGAGGUCAACCCCUGAGUUGGGAAGAUCCCCUGGAGGAGGAAUUGGCAAUCCACUCCAGUAUUCUUGCCUGGACAAUCCCAUGGACAGAGGAGCCUGGUGGGCUACAGCCUAUGUGGUCACAAAGAGUUGGACAUGACUGAGUGACUAUCACUUCACUGGUCACUUACCCAAUAAAUGCAUGUAGGACCCCCCAGUUGACAACCAGAAAUGCCCCUGGGAAGAAAACGGUGUCCCUAGUGGAGAACCACUGCUCUAAUUGAAUUGUAAACCAAUCAAGGGUCUGGAAGCCUUCCAGAGAUGAAAGCCCUGCCAUGAAUGUCCCCAGUCAGCAGUGUCGAGCGUGACUCCUGUUCCUUUGGGUUCAUUUUAAUUCUCUCAAUGAACUAUUCCACCUUCAGUCUUCAGAAGCUUACCUUCCCAGGUGCACUUGAGUUUUGUGGAAAGGGUGGCAGCCUAGCGUCCUUGAGUCAUGGGGUUCUUUGCUUACGGAACUGUGUGAUGUUUUGAACCUGGAAAUGGACACAGUUGUAGUGACUUGGUCAGUGACAGACUGAGGCACUGGGUGAGGGGCAGAGGGGGACUCUGGGCUGUGGGCAGCACUAGUUCAAUGUGAAGUUACAAAGAAAGACCCACCUUAUCCCCUUGAACGCGUAUAUUCAGGGUAAGAGGCUGCUUACUUGUCCAGUUUGCAGACAGGGUCCAUCGGCUGAACAGAGUGAUCUUUUCCCCUGUGGCUUCAAACAGACCUCAACCCACCACUGUACAUAGUGGCUGAGGAGUUGUUUUCCCCUCCCUCUCUCCACCUUUUGUAACCAAUAUAACCUUAUUUACACACCUUUUGUUGUGGUUUUCUAUAUGUAACACCCUUUUUCUCUGAAACUAUUGUAUUUAAAGUAAGGUUUCAUUAAUGCCAACAAGUAAUGAAAUUAUGCUUGAAAGGUGACCAUGUUCUGUACCCAAAGCUGUUGACAUUUUCCUUCUAGCUGGUAAAAGUAGUGUUUUGCAUGACCUUACCCCGUUUCACUCUGUGGUUUGUUCAGCUGUUUGAAGAUAUGAGUGUGUGUCUCGGGGACCACUGUGGAUACAGUAGGUUUCAUGCACUCUCGUUGUGUUGAAAAUAAAUAUCAACCAAAGGAGGGGCACCAGGAGCAGGUGGAUUCCAUUGAUCAUGAGAACUCCCUGUUUGGCAUUCCGGCCCAUCCCAGUCACCCAGCUCCCUUCCACUCAGAACACCUGGACCUUUCUCCUCACCCAGGUCUUCCUGCAUCACUAUCUUAGAGCGUGGGCUUGUCCUUGUAGAAGAGACAUUAAAAAGAAUCGCGUUACUCUUGCUCUGUCACCCAAGGGCGUGUCCCAGCACCUAGCAUUUCAGAUACCAGCACGUUUCACUUCCAGUUCAGAAUCAACCAAAAAUGAGAUCUCAGACUCUACAUCAAGAAAGACAGCUAUCUCUCAAUGCGAUGAGAGUUCUUUUUUUUUUUCUUUUCUAUUUUUGUGCUUUUUCUUGUUUUGUUUUCAGUGGGACUUUCUUAGCAUCAUCUUCUUGCCAAAACAAAAGUAAGAUGCCAUGGACUUCUGUAGACCAGUCGUGAAAUAAAUCUAUUUCUCUCGUGCACUUAUGUUCCAGCAAUAAUGAAGGGGCAGCGCUACUCAGAAUCCAGAUCUCUCUCCUUCAGUUUAGUGUUGUUGUUGUUUUUUUUUUACUUUAAAAGAAACCAAAAUUAGACUUAUUUAAGAUAUACAGACAUCAGAAAUUGAAAGAAAAAAAAGCACAUAUGAUGUUGGUGCGAUAGCAUUCACUGUGAACAAGUGUGACCAGAGAUGAAUAUGCAAUCUUGUUUCCAGUACUUUCUAACACACUUUUUUACAAUGUUGUAUGUGGUGACUGUUCAGGGUUCAAUUUAUGUGUGUCUAUCUAAUGCAUCUUUAGGUGUGCAGCUGCCAAUCUGGCAAAUACUUGUACAGGACUGUAAAUGAGAAAAUGCAGUUGUAUUUCCAAUCUGCCUCUAUGAUGAUGUUAAAUUAUUUCUGUUUUGCUGUGAACAAGGGGUAUGCCCUUGGAGGAAUAGAGUAUCCUUUUGUACACAUUUCCAAAUGCUUACUCUGUGGUGAUAGAACUAAUAAAUGCAAUGAAUACUC